AGCCAGAAACUGAUACAGCACCGGUAAAAUUUUAAGUAGAAUAUUGACAGUCUGUCAGAAAGGUUAGAAAAAAAAGCGUCAAAAUAGGUUAAAAAAAAGGGAAAUUCACAAAUUUUUAAUAAAAGACCUAAUUGUAUUAUUACAAUUUCUAUAAUAUAUGUUUAGCUAUAUUUCGUAACCAGUGUUCUAUUUGAAAAUGGAUAAUAUAGUUCCAUCUCGAUUUUCUUGCUUAAAAAUUGAAGAUGAUGAUUUCAUACCGGCACAAAGCAAACCUAAUAAGAAAAAAGUUGUCAACAAGAAAUCGGCUCCAGUAAAUACUAAUAAGCUUUCCUCAAAACAGCAACCUUCAAAUUCAUCAUCUAAAAAAUCUAAGGCAAAAGUGAAAAAUGAAGGUAAACAAUGGGAAGAAUGGAAGAAAAAAGACACCGAAUAUAUCGAUGAAAAUUUUGAGCAAGACCUUCAGAGUGCAAUAUUGCAAUCAAAAUUGGAUUAUGAAAAUCGAAAGAAAAACGAACCUCCAGAUACUCAAGGAAACGAUAAAAACUCGAAGAAAAAGAAACCAAAAACGAUGACAUUGGACCAAUUUUUAGAUGGUGAUAAACCGGUAGCAAAGAAAGAAAAAGUAAAUCAGCUGACCAAAAACGAUCAGGAUUUCUUUGAAUCAGUAUUACAUUCAGCCAAAGAAGAAGCCAGAAAGGAAAAAGUAGAAGCCAAAAGGAAGGAACGGUCAAAUAAUAUCGAGGAGAUUAUUUCACUGGCACAAUGUCAGGAAAAACUUCAAAAGGAAAUAGAUAAAAAUGAGGUAUUGAAAAAAGAUCUGGAACAAGCCAGGAAAGAUAUUACUAUUGUGAAAGAAAGGAACAAAAUGUUGUAUAAUAUGUUAAGCCAAGGGGAGAUGAAAGACAAAGCUACGGUCUUGUUAGAAUUGGAAAAGUUGACUACGGUCAAGGAAGAACUUACGGAAGAAGUUGGUAGGCUGCAUAAGCUCUUAGAACAAGAAAGGUCCAAGGCUAAUUUGACAAUCUCAAAUUUGAGCGGAUCUGCAUCGGAAUCCCAUGCCAAACAAAAGGUAAAAAUAAAUAGUUUUCAUAUGAGUUAUUCGUUUGUUAUCGUCUUAUUUGGUUUUGUUUUGUUUUUUUCUUUGAUUUUGGUUUGUUUUUUUUUUCAGAAAAAAAAGAAGACUUAGUAAUUGUUUUGGCAUUCGAACAGAUUUCUGCUUUUUUUUGACUUGGUUUUUAUGCAUGGACGUUUCUGUUUUUAUUUUUAGAGUUGAUACAAAUAUUGUUUUGUCCUUUUCGUUCAUAUUUCAGAAUAAGAAGUGAAGUUUCCACAACUAUUACGUGAUAUUAUUUUUUAUGUUUGUAUUUUCAUAAUGUUUUAAUUUUAAAACUCGACUAAAUAAACUGAUUGUAAGUAA